AUGUCGUCCCGUCCCUCCGAGUUCGCCUCUGACAGCUUUGUGGCUGCCAGCGGCACUAGCCUGCACCUGCUGCGGCAGGACCUGGCAGGCGGCGCCGCGUUUGGCGAGGUGGUUGUCUCCCACGGCGCCGCCGUCAACGCAGCGCGCUGGAACCGCAACAACAAGGUGGUGGCCAGCGGCUGCGCCGACGGCACCGUGCAGCUGCUGUACGCGUCGGGGCAGGUGAUGUGCGUGCUGCCGCGGGACGGCUCGCACCCCGCCGCCUACGGCUCCAUCGCCGCGCUCUCCUGGUCUGCGGGAUCCAAGCGCCUCGCCGCCGGCUCCUCCAACGGAUCGCUCUUCAUCUUCGACAUGCAGCAAAAGCAACCCACGGUUGAGCUGGGGGGGCACGUGGGCGGCGUGACGGCGCUGGAGUACCAGCACGACGACAAGUUCCUGGCGGUUGCCAGCGCCGGUGGCGCCGUGUGCCUCUACUCCGACCCGCACCGGCCCGGCGGCGGCGCUGCGGCAGUGGCGCUGUCUCCCGCCGCCGACGCCUCGCCUCGCCGCUGCCUGUCGCUGGCUGCCAUGGAGCCAACUGUAGCGGCUGGCAGCUCGCGGGGCGGCGUGGCUGUGUGGGAUGUGGCCAGCCUGCGGCUGAGGGAGGAGUAUCCUGAGCUGCACGGGCACGCCGCAGUACACGCGCUGGCAUUCGUACCGCUGCGCCCGGGCUGGCUGUACAGCGCCGGCGACGAUGGCCGAGUGUGCCUGCAGGACCGGCAGUCGGGCCCCGGCUAUGUGUCUGCCUUCUCUGUGGGGGCCCCCGCCACGGCUCUGAUGGUGAAGGAGGACCACUCGCUUCUGGGAGUGGGCACUGCGGACGGUGCUGUGCUGCUCUAUGACCCUCGCCACACCCACCAGCCCCUGCACACCCUGCGCUUCCCCGGCCGCCACCCCGUCACGGGCCUUCACUGGCAGCACCGCUACUCCAGCCUUUCCAGCUCCAAGCACCACCGCUCUGUGCCUGCCAGGAACACGCAGCCUGCGGGGCCUUCCCGGCUGGGCAUGACGGCGACGGGAGCCAGGGCGGCCGCCGCCUCGCCCGCUGCCGCCAUCAGGGCCAAGCUUGCCGCCCUGGUGCAACCCCACCUCGCCGCCCGCAGCCGCCUGGCAGGCACCGCUGCUGGCGGCGACAAGCGGGCAUCCAUGUCAGCCCCGGCCUCCCCUUCCACCUCCCCGCCAGCAGCGGCACCGGCAGCGCCAGCCAGCGGCGCCGGGAUGGCUCGCAGUACGCCGCUGCAGCCUGCCGCUGCACCGCCGCCUGCCCUGGCCAUCACGCCGCUGCCUGGCAUGGCAGCACGGCACAGCCGAGGCGGCGGCGGCGCGGCAGCCGCUGCAGGAGAGGUAACCCCGGUGCAGCAGCAGCCGCAGCAGGAGGCAGUGCAUGCGGUGGGGCAAGGGAUGCAGCAGCUGGCCAUCACGCCUCUUGGCGGCAGCCUGGCAGGCGGCGCGCAUGGUGGCUCGCCCCAGCCGCAGCACCAUCAGCGGCAGCACAUGUCGCCUUUGGAGCAGCUGGCAGCCGCGGCGCCCCCGGCGGGGCUCAACAUCACGCCUCUGGCGGCACCGCCUGCUGCACGCCAGCAGGCGGCCAGUGGAGCAGGCGCAGGUGCAGGGCGACCGCCGCCCCCGCCGUUGGCAGUGUCGCCGCUGGGAGGCCUGCCUAGCGACAGGCCCGCGCCGCUGGCCAUCAGCCCUCUGCCAGGCAUGCGGGCCGCGCCUGCAGCUGCGUCUCCCCUGCGGCAGCAGCAGCGGCAGCAGCAGCAGCAGCAGCGCAGCGUGCUGGGCGAGCGGACCAACAGCCCCUGCGGCGUGGCUGGGCAUGACAUGCUGCCGGCCCUGCCCUCGCCGCUGCCGGCCGCCCCGGAGCCGCCACUGCAAGCCUCGCCUUCCUUUGCUGAGAACCUGCCGCUGCCGUCGCCGGGCACCUCGCCUCGCUCCGAGGCUGCUGCCAAGCAGCAGCCAGCAGCCCACGCUGCGCGGGACGCGGAGCAGCAGCACGCGGCCGGCGGCGCCGGCGGCCUGGCUGGCCACAAGAUCAAGGCCGCCUCUGCCGCGGUGGCGCAGGCCUCGCCAGCUGGCUCCGGCAGCAUGGCACAGUGGUCCAUCGGCGCGGUGCCAGCAGACGCAGAGGCGGCCCCGCCCGCAGGCUGGGCUGCGGACCACCACCAGCAGCCCGCCGCCGCCGCAGCAGCAGCAGACACCCGCUAUGGCCAGUACGAAUUUAGCUUUGCCGCAGCGCAGCGCAGCUACGAGGCGCUGAGCGGCGGGGCGGGGGUAGGGCCCGUGGCAGGUGGCGGCAGCGGCGCCCAGUCGGCGGUACCGCCCGCUGGGCUGCGGGACGACAUCUGGGCCAUGCACCUCGACAUGAUCACCCAGUUCCAGGCCCACCAGGCGCAGCAGGCCUCCAUGUACCAGCUGGUGGAGCAGCUGACAGAGCGCAACGAGGCGCUGAGCGGCGAGGUGGCGGCGCUGCGCAAGCACCUGCGCACGCUCACCGAGCGCCGCGACGGCUUCCUGUGGCUGUGA